AUGAGAAGGAGGCCGCUACCACCGGUCCGCGAAGAAGUGACAACUAAAUCGUGGAGUAAAUGUUGCGAGAACGAUUUAGCAGUUUAUUCGCUGGUCUCCCUCGUCGGUGCUCUCACUUAUGCGAAUAGUUUGAGCGGGGAGUUUGUGCACGACGAUAUACCCGCCAUAGUGACUAAUAGUGAUGUGAACGGUGCUAAUAGUGUGGUGACUGGUGGUGGGAAUGAUGGAUGCUGCGCCGCAGAGAUCUGCGGCCAGGGGAGAGGUGAUACGCGAUUUCCGAGAUCUUUACGAGAUUGCCCUUUCCCUGUUAAUGUGGGAUCCCUUUUCUGGCACUAUCGGGUGCCUACUUACGCUUAUCCUUAUCUAUUCAGAGAAGUUUAUGCAUGUGGGCUCAGAUUUGAGAUAACGUUGGAAGCAUAA